AUGGCUACUCGUGCUAAAGCUGGUGUCCGUAAACCUAAUCCUAAAUAUGCGCAUCAUGCAUUGAUUUCUAUUGAUGAUUCGUUUGAGCCUACAUCUUUCUCGCAUGCUAAAAAGCUUAAGGAAUGGCAUUUUGCCAUGGCAGAUGAGUUUAAUGCUCUUCUUCGUGCUGGGACUUGGAUUUUGGUUCCUCGUACUCCUGCUAUGAAUGUAUUGCCAAACAAGUGGAUUUUUCGGGUCAAGCGGAAUUCGGAUGGCACUAUUUAG